CACUGGCCACUGCUCCUGCAGGUCUUGUGUUGGGAUCGAUACCAACAUCAGCAGUAUCGCAAUGAGCAAACACUCAAAGUCCAGCUGCUCUCACAGCUGUCUCCUCCUCCUGUCUUUGGCUGAAGGCUGCCUCCAGCAGUCAAAUGUAAGCGGACCUGAGGGCAGCAUGAACGGACCUCAGCUCAGCGAACUGCCGGACGACUCGGAGCAGCUCAGGCCGUACGUCAGCCGCCUGAGGCGGGGAGCGCUGCGGGCCGGCGAGCUGUCCGCUGUCGGGAGCUUAUCCAGCGGCUUUCUCCUCAGGUUUCUGCGGGCCAGAGACUUCAACACGGAGCUCUCCCUCAAGCUCUUGCUCAACUACCAGCGGUGGCGAAGGGAAAGUCCUGAGAUCAGCAGCUGUCUGUCUCCUUCCUCGGUGCUCGGCCUCCUCAACACGUCGUACCACGCUGUGCUCCCGCAGCGAGACUGCACAGGCAGCAGGGUGCUCAUCUACAGGAUUGGGCAGUGGAACCCGAAAGACUGGUCAGCCUUCCAGGUAUUCAGAGUCAGCCUGAUGACAUCCGAGAUCAUCUCAAGGGAGAACGAGACACAAAGGCAGGGCGUGAAGGCCAUAUUUGACCUCGCGGGGUGGAGUUUGAGUCAUGCCCUGCAGAUUAACCCUUCGCUUGCCAGAAAGAUUUCAUCUGUGCUUUCGGACUCUUUCCCACUGAAGGUCAGAGGAAUCCACCUGGUCAAUGAACCGAUGUUCUUCCGUCCGGUCUUUGCUAUGCUUCGUCCCUUCUUGCCUGAUAAAAUCAAGCAGAGGAUCCAUAUGCACGGUUCUGAUUUCCAAGAUUCUUUAAGUGGCUUCUUCUCAUCACACGUUCUGCCUCCAGAAUAUGGAGGGCAUGGGCCUGGAAUAACACAAGUGUGUCAAGGCUGGACCAAUCACCUGCUUCAAUCAGAGAACCUCCUGCAGCAGAUUGCUGCCCACCCAACGGGUGACAUCACAAUGACCCCUGAUGACUGUUUGAUCACAGAGGAAGGCGGGGCUCUGUGAAAGAUGAUGAUUGGACGUUUGGGUGGCUGACUCGCGUAUACGUGGCGGGUUUGUGCACAUGUCUACGGUCUCUGCAGUGCUUGUUGUGGAAGUUGGCUGAAGUGAGAGAGCUGAAAACGAGAUCCUUAAUGGCCGUGCUGUUUCAUGUUUACGCCACAGCCGACCAAUCUGGAAUUUUUAAGAACAAUAACAAUGCUGAUAUUAUUAUGUCAUGAUUUUAAAAUCAUAUUUUGAUCAAUCUGCUGCUUUUGUU